CUCCAGCAGUCCAGCACCAGCACAGCACCAUUGCCUGCAGGGGCCCUCCAGCCAAGCAGCCACCUGCUUGCUCCAGAGCCUGUCCCAGUAUAAAUAGCGCAGAGGAAGGGGAGAGGGCUCCUGGCAACCACCAUGACCGGACUGGGGCUGUUCUGCUUCUACAUGGCACCACUCCUGCUCCUUGGGACAGCAGAACUGCAAGUGUCUGCCCUGGAGGGCGCAGAAGACUCGGCCAACUUUGCUGAGGGUGGCUUGUUGCCUGGAGACCCGAGUCUAGUGAAGAAGCAGAGGCUGCUCUAUGGAGACGUUGCUGGGACAGGAAUCCCGCUCCAUUUCUCAGGCAAUCAGGAGAAGGCUUCCUCAGAUCUGGGGGGAAAGCCUCAGGAUGAUGGCUCCACCAGUGCAGGUCCGGAGGUGAACAGCGCAGAAAGGGGCAACCUGGACGAAAACGGAGCGUAUGUGACUGAGCCAGGGGAGGCCCUUGGCCGAGGGCAGGGGAUGGAUGUUCAAGAAGAAGGUGGGCCCAGCUUGGGAGAGCUGGAGCGGUCUUCUGCAGUUAGUGUGGAGGGAUCACAAGCCGAAGAGGAGGUUCCACAGAAGACGGGGGUCCCUUCUGAGGAAGGUGUCCAAGGUGUUCUCCCAGGAGGAAGCCAAGAUGUCCCUCAGGAUCUUCUCCACUCUUUUGAGGCCCUGCAGGAUGAUAACCUCACAGAGCCCCCUGACCUGGAAGGCAGCCCUGGGGAAGGACACUUAAGCAACACUUCACCCAGAGGGAAUCCGUGGGGGACCUCCAGUGCUGUUCCGCAGGAUGCGUAUGAAUCAGGAGAGCCAAAGGAGGCAGGAAGUACCCAUCCAAGACAGGAAGGAGCAGUGAGGGACGUGGCAGGGGGUCCAGAUGACUCUGCUGAAGGGAAAGGAAGAGUUGUAGUGGCCAAAGGGGGAGCUGCCACUCAACUUUCCACGGAAGGAGUGGGGUUUAAGGAAGGGGAACCAGAUGGCAAUGGGGCAGGAAAAGCAGAAGUGGCAAUGACAGCUGAAGAGGAGGCUCCUCAAGCAGAGAAAAAGGAACCUAAAGCAGAAGAGGUGGAGAACGCCAGGCGGGAUCGUGCCCACAUUGAGAGCACCCUGAAGUUGAAGGAAGAGAAACCUGCAGACGACUACUCAGGUACCAUCCUGCAGCGACUGAGAAAAAUUUACCACUCUUCCAUCAAGCCCUUGGAGCAGUCUUACAAAUACAAUGAGCUUCGGCAGCAUGAAAUCACGGCUUACCCUGGACGCACCUUGGGCUCUUCAGCCACAGAUGGCGAGAUUACCUCCAAGCCAAUGGUGCUGUUCCUGGGACCCUGGAGCGUUGGCAAAUCCACCAUGAUUAACUACCUGCUGGGGCUGGAUGACACUCCCUAUCAGCUCUACACAGGGGCUGAACCCACCACCUCGGAGUUCACUGUCAUAACGCACGGCCCUAAACUCAAGACCAUCGAAGGCAUUGUAAUGGCUGCCGACAGCACCCGUUCGUUCUCUCCCCUUGAGAAGUUUGGGCAGAACUUUCUGGAGAAGCUGAUAGGAAUAGAGGUCCCUCAUAAACUUUUGGAGAGGGUUACCUUUGUGGACACUCCCGGGAUCAUUGAGAACCGGAAACAGCAGGAGCGAGGCUAUCCAUUCAAUGAUGUCUGCCAAUGGUUCAUCGAUCGAGCUGAUCUCAUCUUUGUGGUGUUUGACCCAACCAAACUGGACGUCGGGCUGGAGCUGGAGAUGCUCUUCCGCCAGCUGAAGGGGCGGGAGUCCCAGAUAAGGAUCAUUCUGAACAAGGCCGACAGCCUGGCUACCCAGGAGCUCAUGCGUGUGUAUGGUGCCUUGUUCUGGAGCCUGGCCCCACUGAUCAAUGUUACCGAGCCCCCCCGGGUUUAUGUCAGCUCCUUUUGGCCACUGGAGUACCAGGCUGACACCCACCAAGAUCUCUUCUUAAAGGAGGAGAUCUCCCUUCUGGAAGACCUUAACCAGGUGAUUGAGAAUAGGCUGGAAAACAAGAUUGCCUUCAUCCGCCAACACGCCAUCCGGGUCCGUAUCCACGCUCUCUUGGUGGAUCGCUACUUGCAAACCUACAAGGACAAAAUGACUUUCUUCAGCGACGGAGAGCUAGUAUUCAAGGACAUUGUGGAGGACCCAGACAAGUUCUAUAUCUUUAAAUCGAUCCUGGCUAAGACCAAUGUCAGCAAGUUCGACCUCCCCAAUCGCGAGGCUUACAAGGACUUCUUUGGGAUCAACCCGAUCAACAGCUUCAAGCUGCUUGCACAGCAGUGCUCCUACAUGGGAGGCUGCUUCCUGGAGAAGAUCGAGAGGGCCAUCACGCACGAGCUGCCAGGUCUCUUAGGGAGCAUCGGCCUGGGGAAGAAGCCCAGCGUGCUCUCCUGUGACACAACUGGCUGUAGCGAAACUCCAAAGAACCGCUAUAAGAAACAUUAACGGGCUGCCCGCGUGACCCUCUUGUGUCCUGGUUGAUGAAUGAGCUUAUGUCUUAUCUGUCCAAGAAGCCGAGGUCUGCUAGCCCUUCUGAGUGCCACGCUGACCACAGCUAAUGUAUAGAGGGGGCAGUUGGUGUCAUACAUGGCAAGGAAGCUGGAUGGGCCUAGGAAGGAGAACAAAACAUUGUGAAUACCUGUUACAAUUUAAUCUUUGUUACUUAAAAAAGAGGCAAUGUACCAAGGAGAGGGCAAACUUUC